AUGCUGAAAAGGAAACAAAGUUCUAGGGUAGAAGCCCAGCCUGUAACAGAUUUUGGUCCUGAUGAAUCCUUAUCAGACAACGCGGAUAUCCUGUGGGUUAACAAACCAUGGGUGCAUUCUUUACUGCGCAUCUGUGCCAUUAUCAGUGUCAUUUCGGUGUGCAUGAAUACCCCAAAGACCUUUGAGCAUUAUCCUCCCCUGCAGUAUGUGACAUUUGCUCUUGAUACAUUGCUGAUGUUUCUCUACACGGCAGAGAUGAUAGCAAAAAUGCACAUCCGUGGCAUAGUCAAGGGGGAUAGCUCCUAUGUGAAGGACCGCUGGUGCGUAUUUGAUGGAUUCAUGGUAUUUUGUCUGUGGGUGUCCUUAGUUUUACAGGUUUUUGAAAUCUCUGAUAUAGUGGAUCAAAUGUCUCCUUGGGGCAUGCUAAGGAUUCCACGGCCGCUUAUUAUGAUUCGAGCAUUCCGAAUUUAUUUCCGCUUUGAAUUACCAAGAACCAGGAUAACCAAUAUUUUAAAGCGUUCAGGUGAACAAAUUUGGAGUGUUUCCAUUUUCCUUCUGUUUUUUCUGCUUCUGUAUGGAAUUUUGGGCGUCCAGAUGUUUGGACCUUUCACAUAUCAUUGCGUAACAAAUGAUACAAAACCAGGAAACAUAACCUGGAAUAAUUUGGCAAUCCCAGACACACAUUGUUCAAAAGCAUCAGAAGAAGGUUACCAGUGUCCACCAGGAUUUGAGUGUUUGGACCUUGAAGAACUGGGGUUAAGCCGACAGGAGCUGGGCUACAGCGGUUUUAAUGAGAUAGGAACAAGCAUAUUUACUGUUUAUGAAGCUGCAUCUCAGGAAGGUUGGGUCUUUCUGAUGUACAGAGCAAUCGACAGUUUCCCCCGAUGGCGUUCUUAUUUCUAUUUCAUCACCUUAAUUUUCUUCCUUGCCUGGCUUGUUAAGAACGUGUUUAUUGCUGUCAUCAUUGAAACAUUUGCUGAAAUCCGUGUGCAGUUUCAACAGAUGUGGGGGUCCAGAAGCAGUACAACUUCAACCGCAACUACUCAGAUGUUUCAUGAAGAUGCUACAGGAGGAUGGCAGCUGGUAGAUGUUGAUGUGAAUAAGCCUCAAGGAAGAGCACCAGCAUGUCUGCAGAGAAUGAUGAGAUCCUCAAUUUUCCAUAUGUUUAUCUUGAGCAUGGUAGCCGUGGAUGUCAUUGUUGCUGCUAGCAAUUAUUACAAGGGGGAAACUUUCAAGAGCCAGUAUGAUGAGUUCUACCUUGCAGAGGUGGCCUUUACAGUCCUCUUUGAUCUGGAAGCUCUCCUAAAGAUCUGGGGCCUGGGAUUUACUGGAUACAUCAGUUCAUCUCUUCAUAAAUUUGAACUGCUGCUGGUUAUUGGAACUACUCUUCACAUUUAUCCUGUCCUCUACCAUUCACAGUUUACGUACUUUCAGGUACUUAGAGUUGUUCGACUUAUCAAGAUUUCUCCUGCCCUGGAAGAUUUUGUGUACAAGAUUUUUGGACCUGGAAAAAAGCUUGGGAGUUUAGUUGUAUUUACUGCCAGUCUAUUAAUUGUAAUGUCAGCCAUCAGUUUGCAAAUGUUCUGUUUCGUGGAAGAACUGGACAGAUUUACCACAUUUCCAAGAGCUUUCAUGUCAAUGUUUCAAAUUCUGACACAGGAAGGAUGGGUGGAUGUCAUGGAUCAGACUCUCAAUGCUGUGGGUCACAUGUGGGCACCAGUUGUUGCUAUUUACUUUAUUUUAUAUCAUCUUUUUGCUACCCUGAUUCUGCUGAGCUUGUUCGUUGCUGUUAUUCUAGACAACCUGGAACUUGAUGAAGAUUUAAAGAAACUUAAACAACUGAAGCAAAGUGAAGCAAAUGCAGAUACCAAGGAAAAGCUUCCACUACGCCUACGGAUAUUUGAAAAAUUCCCCAACAGGCCCCAAAUGGUAAAAAUCUCCAAGCUGCCUUCAGAUUUCACAGUUCCCAAAAUAAGGGAAAGCUUUAUGAAGCAGUUUAUUGAUCGACAGCAGCAAGAUACAACUUGUUUAUUGAGAAGGCUUCCAUCAGCUUCUUCUUCCUCCUGUGAUCACGCUAAAAGGCUGGCAAUUGAAGACAAAUACAUUGACCAGAAGCUUCGCAAAUCUGUUUUCAGCAUUAGGGCAAGAAACCUUCUGGAGAAGGAAUCUGCAAUCAAUAAAAUUCUUAGAAAAUUAUGUAGGUUCUUUGAAAGAUUUCCCACCAAUGUUACAUUCAAACAUUCAAAGUUAUUUCCUAAAUGCUGUAUAUCCCUAAUUAUUACUUAUCAUAGUAUCUGUUUACCUAGAGCCUGUACUCAUCAGCGUAUGCUUAGUGGAUCUCUUGAGGGACAGCCUGCAAAAGAACGAUCUAUUCUUAGUGUUCAGCAUCAUAUACGCCAAGAACGCAGGUCACUAAGGCACGGCUCCAACAGUCAGCGAAUCAGCAGAGGAAAGUCUCUUGAAACAUUAACUCAAGAUCAUUCUAAUACAGUGAGAUACAGAAAUGCACAAAGGGAAGACAGUGAAAUAAAAAUGAUCCAAGAAAAGAAAGAACAAGCAGAAAUGAAAAGAAAAGUUCAGGAAGAAGAGUUGCGGGAGAAUCACCCCUAUUUUGACAAGCCUCUUUUCAUAGUGGGUCGGGAGCACAGAUUUAGGAAUUUCUGCCGUGUUGUAGUUAGAGCUCGCUUUAAUGCCUCUAAAACAGAUCCUGUUACUGGAGCAGUUAAAAACACAAAAUAUCAUCAACUUUAUGAUUUGCUGGGAUUGGUUACUUAUCUAGACUGGGUAAUGAUCAUUGUCACCAUAUGUUCCUGUAUUUCAAUGAUGUUUGAAUCCCCUUUUCGAAGAGUAAUGCAUGCACCUACUUUACAGAUUGCUGAAUAUGUUUUUGUAAUAUUUAUGAGUAUUGAACUUAACUUGAAGAUUAUGGCUGAUGGAUUGUUUUUUACACCAACGGCAGUCAUCAGAGAUUUUGGAGGUGUCAUGGAUAUUUUUAUAUACCUUGUAAGCCUGAUAUUUCUAUGCUGGAUGCCCCAAAACGUUCCUGCUAAAUCAGGAGCUCAGCUGCUAAUGGUUCUACGGUGUCUUCGCCCCCUUCGGAUUUUUAAACUGGUGCCUCAGAUGAGAAAAGUUGUUCGGGAACUAUUUAGUGGCUUCAAAGAAAUCUUUCUAGUUUCAAUCCUUUUAUUGACAUUAAUGCUUGUUUUUGCAAGCUUUGGAGUUCAACUUUUUGCUGGAAAACUGGCGAAGUGCAACGAUCCACAUAUAAUUGCAAGAGAAGAUUGUCAUGGUAUAUUCCGAAUAAAUGUGAGUGUUUCCAAAAAUCUGAAUUUGAAGCUAAGACCUGGUGAAAAAAAGCCUGGAUUUUGGGUGCCUCGGGUCUGGGCUAACCCUCGAAACUUUAACUUUGACAAUGUUGGUAAUGCAAUGCUGGCAUUAUUUGAAGUCCUGUCAUUAAAGGGGUGGGUAGAAGUCAGAGAUGUUAUCAUUCAUCGUGUGGGUCCGAUUCAUGGUAUCUACAUUCAUGUGUUUGUAUUCCUGGGCUGCAUGAUUGGACUUACCCUUUUUGUUGGGGUUGUCAUUGCUAAUUUCAAUGAAAAUAAGGGAACAGCUCUACUAACAGUUGACCAGAGGCGAUGGGAAGAUCUGAAGAGCAGAUUAAAGAUAGCACAGCCUCUUCACCUCCCACCUCGCCCAGAUAAUGAUGGAUUCCGAGCUAAAAUGUAUGACAUAACCCAACACCCAUUUUUCAAGCGAACCAUUGCCGUUCUUGUACUGGCCCAAUCUGUGCUAUUAUCUGUUAAGUGGGAUGAUCAAGAUCCAGUAACUGGUCCAUUAGCUGCAAUGUCAGUUGUCUUCACCUUCAUAUUUGUUCUAGAGGUUACGAUGAAAAUUAUUGCCAUGUCACCUGCUGGAUUUUGGCAGAGCAGAAGAAAUCGUUAUGAUCUCUUGGUGACAUCAUUAGGGGUCAUAUGGGUGAUUCUCCACUUUGCCAUAACGAAUGCCUAUACAUAUAUGAUGGGAGCGUGUGUAAUUGUGUUCAGGUUUUUUUCAAUCUGUGGAAAGCACGUGACUUUGAAGAUGCUACUGUUGACAGUCGUUGUCAGCAUGUACAAAAGCUUCUUCAUCAUUGUAGGAAUGUUCCUACUGCUGCUUUGCUAUGCUUUUGCUGGAGUAGUUUUAUUUGGAACUGUGAAAUAUGGAGAGAACAUUAACAGACAUGCCAACUUUUCAUCGGCUGGUAAGGCCAUUACGGUACUCUUCAGAAUAGUCACUGGAGAAGACUGGAACAAGAUAAUGCACGAUUGUAUGGUUCAACCUCCUUUCUGUACUCCAGAUAUCAGAACAUACUGGAAAACAGAUUGUGGCAAUUAUGCCGGUGCUCUUAUGUACUUCUGUUCAUUUUAUGUCAUCAUUGCAUACAUAAUGCUGAAUUUGCUUGUGGCUAUAAUUGUGGAAAACUUCUCUUUAUUUUAUUCUACUGAAGAAGACCAGCUCUUAAGUUAUAAUGAUCUUAGGCAUUUUCAGAUUAUAUGGAAUAUGGUUGAUGACAAAAGAGAGGGAGUAAUUCCUACUUUCCGAGUCAAGUUUUUGUUGAGGCUAUUGCGUGGAAGACUGGAGGUAGAUCUGGAUAAGGACAAACUUCUGUUCAAGCAUAUGUGCUAUGAAAUGGAGAGGCUGCAUAACGGUGGAGAUGUAACAUUCCAUGAUGUAUUGAGCAUGCUCUCAUAUAGAUCGGUGGACAUCAGAAAAAGUCUUCAGCUGGAAGAACUCCUUGCGAGGGAACAACUGGAGUACACCAUAGAGGAAGAGGUUGCCAAGCAGACAAUACGCAUGUGGUUGAAAAAAUGCUUGAAGCGUAUUAGAGCAAAACAACAGCAGUCAUGCAGUAUCAUUCACAGCCUCCGAGAGAGUCAACAGCAGGAAUUAAGCCGUUUCCUAAAUCCACCAAGCAUUGAGACAACACAGCCAAGUGAAGAUAUGAAUGCUAAUAACCAGGAUAACAAUGUACAGCCUGAGACAAGUAGUGAACAGCAGCUGCUUAGCCCCACGCUUUCUGACAGAGGUGGAUAUCGACAAGAUUCUGGUGAUACUGGUAGACCUCAGCGAAAGUUUGGGCAAUGGCGUUUGCCAUCUGCCCCAAAACCAAUAAGCCAUUCAGUGUCUUCAGUCAACAUAAAAAUUGGUGGUCGGACAACUAUGAAAUCCGUAGUGUGCAAAAUGAAUCCCAUGUCAGACAUGGCUUCAUGUGGAUCAGAAGUUAAGAAGUGGUGGACAAGGCAACUUACGGUGGAGAGUGAUGAGAGUGGAGAAGACCUGCUUGAGAUCUGAUUAGGAAAUGAUUCCUAUCAAAGACACACUUAUGCAACACAACUGGGAAGGAAUAGCAACU